AUGACAGGUUUCACGCCGGAAAACCAAGCAGUCCCUUCUCCGGCACCGGCAACAAAACAUGUUCCGGAGUUAGGUCCACCGGUGAAACCAAAGAGGAACAAGUAUGCUUUCGCGUGUGCAAUCUUAGCUUCCAUGACUUCUAUCCUCCUCGGUUAUGAUAUAGGAGUGAUGAGUGGAGCAAUGAUUUAUAUAAAAAGAGAUUUAAAGAUUAGUGAUCUUCAAAUCGGGAUUCUCGCCGGAAGCCUGAACAUUUAUUCACUUAUCGGAUCUUGCGCCGCCGGUAAAACUUCCGACUGGAUUGGUCGUCGUUACACCAUCGUGUUGGCCGGAGCUAUAUUCUUCGCCGGAGCUCUACUCAUGGGAUUCGCUCCUAACUACGCUUUCCUCAUGUUCGGGAGAUUCGUCGCCGGAAUCGGCGUCGGUUAUGCUCUCAUGAUCGCACCUGUUUACACCGCCGAAGUCUCUCCGGCAUCUUCCCGCGGCUUCCUCACCUCCUUCCCUGAGGUGUUUAUCAACGCCGGAAUAAUGCUCGGAUAUGUAUCGAACCUCGCCUUCUCGAAGUUUCCCCUGAAAUUGGGAUGGAGAUUCAUGCUCGGAAUCGGAGCCGUACCUUCCGUUCUACUCGCCCUCGGCGUUUUAGCUAUGCCGGAAUCUCCACGGUGGCUCGUUAUGCAAGGCCGUCUCGGAGAAGCCAAAAAGGUUCUCGACAGAACCUCUGAUUCCCCUGCCGAAGCUGCUCUUCGACUCGAAGACAUUAAAGAAGCCGCCGGAAUUCCCGCUGAUUGCCACGACGACGUCGUUCAGGUGUCGAGGAAGAACAGUCAUGGAGAAGGAGUUUGGAGAGAGCUUCUAAUCCGUCCGAAACCCGCAGUACGUCGAGUUAUGAUCGCCGCAAUCGGAAUCCAUUUCUUCCAGCAAGCUUCAGGAAUCGACGCGGUGGUUCUCUUCUCGCCGCGGAUCUUCAAAACCGCCGGUUUAAAAACCGAUCACCAGCAGCUUCUAGCGACUGUAGCUGUAGGAAUCGUGAAAACAUCGUUCAUCCUAGUCGCAACUUUCCUCCUCGAUCGGAUCGGAAGACGACCAUUGCUUCUAACAAGCGUCGGAGGAAUGGUACUAUCUCUAGCUACAUUAGCAACCUCUCUAACGGUUAUUGGUCAGACAGAGAAGAAAGUGAUGUGGGCUGUAGUGUUAAGCAUAGCGACGGUGAUGACUUACGUAGCUACGUUUUCGAUCGGAGCAGGACCGAUAACUUGGGUUUAUACCUCGGAGAUAUUUCCGUUGAGGUUGAGAUCACAGGGAUCGAGUAUGGGUGUGGUUGUGAACAGAGUUACGAGCGGUGUGAUAUCCAUGGGGUUUCUUCCGAUGUCGAAAGCGAUGACUACCGGAGGAGCUUUUUACUUGUUUGGAGGGAUUGCGACGGUGGCUUGGGUUUUCUUUUAUACUUUCUUGCCGGAGACGCAAGGGAGGACGCUUGAAGAUAUGGAUGAGCUUUUUGGUAAUUUCAGGUGGAGAGACUCUAAGAGUAAGCCUAAGAAUACGAGUUCGAAUCCCGAGGUUGAGAUUGGAUCAAACAAACAAUGA